UUUACUGUCGUCUGCUACAUAAGAUUGAAAUUAUCCGAGAACUUAUGUAAAUACUCGUUUUAUUUAAGCAAAUUGCAAUAUAGUUGUAAAGUAAAUAAUCUAAUUGGAGUAACAUACAUUCCAAAGAAAAUGGUGGCCAACCAACUUUUUUUUUUUUUUUUUUCAUUUUGCCCACCAACACCUUUUGAUGUGACCAUUAUGAUUAAAUACCAUACCAAAUUGACACAAGACUACAAGAACUUAGCCAUGGCCUUUUUUUUUCUUUUAAUCUCCACGUUUGCUAAGGCCACUAAAUAUGUUUCGUAAAAAAAUAUUGGUGAUAGAUGUUCAACAAAGCCUCCUCAAAUUUGGGGUUGGUGAAUCCAUUGUCUUUGUUAGGAGCCUUACACUUAAUCCCUCAAAUAAUUUCUUCUCUAUUUCCCUCCAUACUUCUGUAUAUCUUCCAAUAUUUUGGGUUAUAUCCUAAAUGGCGACUAGAUGAUAGUCGAUAUACCAAAAUAAUCACUCAACUUUAAAACAUAACGAAAAGAACACUUACUUUUUUUCAUUUCAUAACAAAAUGGUUAGUUGUUUCAAUUAUAUGUCCAUUUUUCGUACUUUAUGCUUAGUCGUCAUGUCAAUAAAGCAUGCCGCAUUGGCAUAGUCAGCAUCCAAAUUGGGCCUAUCAAAUGCCAAUCCUUAAGUCAUCCACACAUGAUCCAUCCCUCAUCCAAAACACUAAAUUCAAACUUGAUCUGCCAUGACAUUAAUCCACCCAACCCAAUCUCCCCCCGCUAGGAAAUAUGGAUUGAGAAUCAAAUCGUUGUUCAUUGGGGGACCGAACAUAGGUCAAAUGAGUUUUUCACAUAAGCUACUCGCGGUUCAUGUGUCUGUUGUUAUAAUUUAUUUGCUUAAUACAAGACAUGAAUCAUUAACAAAACUCGAUAGAGAUGAAUGAAUCACUAUCGUAUUAGUUACUCCAAACGUUAGUUGAGAAGUUUAGUGACUGAUUUGUUAAUACGAAUAAAGUUCAAUGGCCACUAAUUACUUUUUUUCCCCUCCCGUCUUCCCUUUAGCUCUUUUUCCAUUUUCCCCCAAUCAUUUCUUUUUUCCGCUAAAAGGAUAUAAAAAAAACGAAGACAGGAGAGAGAAAGCAGAGCGAGAGUGAGGGAGGGAGCGCAAGAACAGCAGUAUAAAUGAGCCAAGUCUCCAACCCCAUAUUCUCGCCAUUCACAUCUCUGGGACGCAAAUCCAUUGGCUCUCUGAGUUUCGCCUUCUCCCUCCGUUCCCCCGCCACCCCAUCUCCGAUUUCCGUUCGUUUCCCCGUCUCUCCUUCUUCCCCACCACCGUUCACUCGCCUUCGCUUCACUUCCCUCAGAACAAUGGCGUCCCACAUUGUUGGUUAUCCUCGCAUGGGGCCCAAGAGAGAGCUCAAGUUUGCUUUGGAAUCUUUCUGGGAUGGCAAGAGCAGUGCUGAAGACCUGCAGAAGGUUUCAAAGGAUCUCAGGUCAUCAAUCUGGAAGCAGAUGGCUGAAGCAGGCAUCAAGUAUAUUCCCAGCAAUACAUUUUCAUACUAUGAUCAUGUGUUGGACACCACAGCAAUGGUUGGGGCAGUUCCUCCUAGAUACGGCUGGAAAGGUGGUGAGAUUGGAUUUGAUGUAUACUUCUCCAUGGCCAGGGGUAACGCCUCUGUUCCUGCUAUGGAAAUGACCAAGUGGUUUGACACCAACUACCACUACAUUGUGCCUGAGUUGGGACCAGAUGUUAAAUUUUCAUAUGCAUCGCACAAAGCCGUUGAUGAGUACAAAGAGGCUAAAGCUCUUGGAGUCGACACAGUGCCAAUUCUUUUAGGACCUGUUUCUUACUUGUUGCUUUCGAAACCUGCAAAGGGUGUUGAUAAGAGCUUUUCUCUUCUUUCCCUGCUAGACAAAGUCAUUCCAGUUUACAAGCAAGUUGUAUCCGACCUAAAGUCAGCUGGUGCUACCUGGAUUCAGUUUGAUGAGCCCAAGCUUGUGAUGGAUCUUGAAGCACACGAGCUGAAAGCAUUUACUCUUGCUUACUCAGAACUCGAAACAUCCCUUUUUGGUUUGAACGUUCUGAUUGAGACAUAUUUUGCUGAUGUUCCAGCAGAGGCCUAUAGUGUUCUCACAUCUUUGAAGGGUAUUACUGGGUUUGGGUUUGACCUUGUGCGUGGAGCCAAGACCAUUGAUCUGAUUAAAGGUGGAUUCCCUUCUGGAAAAUACCUAUUUGCUGGUGUUGUGGAUGGAAGGAACAUCUGGGCUAAUGAUCUUGCUGCUUCUCUUGACGUUCUUCAUUCUCUUGAGGGCAUUGUUGGUAAAGACAAGCUUGUUGUUUCCUCAUCCUGCUCUCUUCUACACACUGCCGUUGAUCUAGUCAAUGAGACCAAGUUAGAUAUAGAGAUCAAGUCAUGGUUAGCAUUUGCAGCUCAAAAAGUACUUGAAGUAAAUGCCUUGGCCAAGGAACUUAGUGGUCACAAAGAUCAGCCAUUCUUCUCGGCUAAUGCUUCUGCUCUUGCUUCGAGAAAAUCCUCUCCAAGGGUGACAAAUCAGUUUGUGCAGAUUGCUGCUGCUGCAUUAAAGGGCUCUGACCGCCGCCGACCCACUGCUGUGAGUGCUAGACUGGCUGCUCAACAAAAGAAAUUAAACCUUCCGAGUCUUCCCACAACUACCAUUGGUUCUUUCCCACAGACCAUGGAUCUUAGGAGGGUCCGCCGUGAAUACAAAGCUAAGAAGAUUUCUGAGGAUGAUUAUGUUAAGGCCAUCAAAGAGGAAAUUAACAAAGUUGUUAAGAUCCAAGAAGAACUCGACAUCGAUGUUCUGGUGCACGGUGAACCAGAAAGGAAUGACAUGGUUGAGUACUUUGGUGAGCAAUUGUCUGGCUUUGCCUUUACAGCUAAUGGCUGGGUUCAGUCUUAUGGUUCUCGUUGUGUUAAGCCUCCAAUCAUUUAUGGUGAUGUGAGCCGCCCUAAGGCCAUGACAGUCUUCUGGUCAAGUACUGCCCAAAGUAUGACCAAACGACCCAUGAAAGGAAUGCUUACUGGACCGGUCACCAUUUUGAACUGGUCCUUUGUUAGAAAUGACCAGCCCAGGCAUGAGACAUGUUACCAAAUUGCACUUGCCAUCAAGGAUGAGGUUGAGGAUCUUGAGAAGGCUGGAAUAAAUGUCAUCCAGAUUGAUGAGGCUGCUUUGAGGGAGGGGUUGCCUCUAAGGAAGUUGGAGCAUGCUUUCUAUUUGGAUUGGGCUGUCCACUCAUUCAGGAUUACCAACUGUGGCGUCCAAGAUACUACCCAGAUCCAUACCCACAUGUGCUACUCAAACUUUAAUGACAUCAUUCUUUCAAUCAUCAACAUGGAUGCGGAUGUAAUUACAAUCGAGAACUCCAGAUCUGAUGAGAAGCUUCUCUCGGUCUUCCGUGAAGGAGUCAAGUAUGGUGCAGGCAUUGGCCCUGGUGUAUAUGAUAUUCACUCGCCUAGGAUCCCGUCCACUGAAGAAAUUGCAGACCGUGUUAGGAAGAUGCUUGCUGUCCUCGAGAGCCACGUCCUCUGGGUCAACCCUGAUUGUGGUCUCAAGACCCGCAAGUACGAUGAAGUCAAAUCUGCCCUCAGCAAUAUGGUUGCUGCUGCUAAGCUCCUGAGAGCUGAGCUUUCAAAGGCCAAGUGAGAAAGUUUGGUCUCAAGUGGUGGAAGAGUGUUGCUGAAGCUCUCCAAUAUGUUUGUGAAGCUAAAGAAAAUUUAUGUAUUAAAGCUGGAAUAAUGAGCUUGUUUUUCUCUCUCUUGCGACGAGGAAUGCAUUUCUUCUCCUCUUUUCUCUUUCUCUUCUCACUUCUAGGGUUGUGCGGUUAUGUAAUGUCAUUCAAGGAUUUUGUCCAUGAAAAAUGAAAAAUGUGAUUUUCAUUCUAUCCCCUGUUUUAUCAGGAUGUGUUGUUCCUUGAAUGAAUUGUUGGCUUGAUUUCUCUGAUGCCGUUGUCUUUCUCAUAAGCAGAUCUUGUUCAGGGAAAGAGAUUUUCCAGACCCUGAAUACAUAAAUGACUCCAUG